GCAACAAGUGCGGGUCUGGCGGAGCGUGGAGGCGCGCGGAGACCGAGAGGCGACCGGGAGCGGCUGGGCCCCCGGCGGCGCGGCCCUCGGCAGGGCCGAGAGUCGCGUCAGUCGGUGCCCCCGGCCGAGCGCGGUCCGCCUCCCUUUCAGCGGCCUUCCGUCCGGAGUGCGGCCAGGGGGCAUGUCAGAUCCACCAGGGGCGCCGCCGCCGGCGCUCGCAGGCCGCGGGUGAAGAAAAAAGUGCGACUUCACCCGGCCCAGAGCGAAGAGGCGGCCGGAAGCGAAGAGGUAGUCGGGAGCGAAGAGGUAGUCCGGAGCGAAGAGGUGGUCCAGAGCGAAGAGGUGGCCCCAAGCGAAGAGGUGGUCGGGAGCGAAGAGGUGACCGAGAGCAAAGAGGUGGCCCAGAGUGAGGAAAUGGCGACAGCUGGACUCAGCAUGACCGUCACCCACAGCAAUGAGAAGUAUGACCUACAUGUUACCCCGCAGCAAGGCUGUAGUGAACCAACUGUCCAAGACCUGGCCCAGGUUGUUGAAGAGGCCACUGGGGUCCCACUGCCUUUUCAGAAACUCAUCUUUAAGGGAAAAUCUCUGAAGGAAAUGGAGACACCUUUGUCUGCACUUGGACUACAAAAUGGUUGCCGGGUCAUGUUAAUUGGGAAAAAGAACAGUCCAGAGGAAGAAGUUGAACUAAAGAAGUUGAAAGAUUUGGAGAAGUCUGUGGAGAAGAUAGCUAACCAACUGGAAGAGUUGAAUAAAGAGCUUAGUGGAAUCCAGCAGGGCUUUCUGGCCACGGAUUUGCAAGCUGAAGCUCUCUGCAAACUCAAUAAGAGAGUAAAAGCCACAAUCGAGCAGUUUAUGAAGAUCUUGGAGGAGAUUGACACACUGAUUCUGCCAGAAAAUUUCAAAGACAGUAGACUGAAAAGGAAGGGUUUGGUGAAAAGGGUUCAGGCAUUCCUAGCUGAGUGUGACACAGUGGAGCAGAACAUCUGCCAGGAGACGGAGCGGCUGCAAUCCACAAACUUGGCCCUGGCCAAGUGAGGUGAGGCAGAGAGAGGCCGUUCUACCUUGAAGACAGUUUCACCAGCUCUGCCCCGUCUGGAACAGAAAUUACCUGAUUUCUCCAGGGUUGCUGGGGUCCAUUUGCCAGUUGCCAGUUUUCCUUCUCCUACAUCUGUUCUCAAAGAACAAGUAUUGUCUUUACAAUCCUAA